AUGGCUCGUGGAAAUCUCUCCUCGCUGCCGUCACUGCUGCUUAUUCUCAUUUCUUCCUUGAUGAUAUUCUCAUCCCGCGCUGCCGAUCCCGAUCCAGCGCAGGAUUACUGCGUCGCAAACGUCGAGCUCCCGCUGCGAGUGAAUGGCUUCACUUGCAAGCCCGAGGUCACUCCGCUCGAUUUCGUCUCCUAUCUCCUGCGAGAGCCCCCGAAUCCCACCGCCCUGGAGAACAAUCGACUGGGUUCCAUCGUCACGCAGGUGAACGUCCAGAGUUUCCCGGGGCUCCACACCCAGGGCCUCUCGAUCCAGCGCUUCACGUACGCGCCCGGAGGCGUGAUUCCUCCCCACGUCCAUCCCCGGUCCUCGGAGCUGCUCUACGUCCUCCAGGGAACGGUCGUGGCGGGGUUUGUGACCACGGACAACCGGCUGUUCCAGGCGACGCUGGAGCCUGGCGACCUCUUCAUCUAUCCCAGAGCUCUCAUCCACUUCUCGGUGAACACGGGCGAGACGCCGGCGCUGGCGAUCGCGAGCUUCAACAGCGCCAAUCCGGGCACGGCGCUGCUGCCCAACGCGCUCUUCGCGUCCGUGCCCGUGCUCCCGGCCGCGGUGCUCGCCAAGACGUUUGCGUUGAGCCAGAGGAAAAGGCUGGCGGAUAGGUCGCGCUUCUUCGAAAGAUGGCUGCCCAAGCUUCUCUCCCUCGCCAAUGUUUUGUCUCGCAGGACAAUCCGUGUGAUCAGGGAAUAUCUAUCCUCAUCAGAGGACGUCGAAGAUGACAUAGUCCACAUCGAAGUGACGAACAACGAGGGAGCGUUGGAGGGCACUGUUCAAGUCAGUCGCUGA